CACACGUUUGACAGCUGGCGGAAUGCGCGCGUAACAUGGCCGCUUGGCCGCUGGUUAUUUACAAAGAUGGCGAACAUGCGUGACAGCGAUACAUCGCUGUGGCUGCAUAACAAGUUAGGCACAUCGAACGAUUCGUGGACAGGCGGAUCUAUCUGUUCGCAGCUAAACGGCGAGGUGCUGCGUAACAUAAAGGAGUGCUUUCCUGACCUACAGACGCAGGUGAAACUAAAACUGCUGCUAAGUUUCUUUCACAUACCCCGAAAGAACAUAGAAGAAUGGCGACUGGAUCUGGAACAAAUCGUGGAAGUCGCCGUGGGCGACUCAGAGCUAUGGGUAUCCAUGAUAGCAGAAGCUCUGAAGACAUACCCAGCCACAGGAUCAUUAAACAUGGAAAUCUCAGACCUGGAUGAGGUCCGACCGAUAUUUACAAAUUUGGUGAAUGAUUUACGGCAAUUGGUGCGUAAACAAGCCGAAAGUGUGAUGCUACCCAUGGAGUGCCAUUAUUUAAACAAACAAGCAUUGACUUCAGUGGUUGGGCAACAGCCGCAACCCACCAAACACUUCACACUGAAAAAGAAGCCGAAAUCAGCAUUAUUACGUGCUGAUUUACUGCAAAAAUCAACAGAUGCGCAGUCGAAUCUUAAAAAAGCCUCCGCGCCUGUCAUACCAGUUAGAUCUCGAGGAAUGCCUAGGAAAAUGACUGAUACAACUCCACUAAAAGGCAUUCCCAGCCGUCAUCCAGGGUCAAGUUUUCGCAGCAGUGUGCUUGGUUCAACGACAAAUCGUCCACCUAUUCCACGAUUAGCCGCUGGGAGGAAAGAAGGCGGUGUGAAACUUUUAGACAUCGCUGAUCAGCCCCUAGGCUACGCAGCUGCGAAAAAACGCAAACGACAACAAGAACAGGAAGAAAACGCCGCGAAAAAGACCGAAACCUCACCGGCGAUGUUAUCCCCGUCGAGUACAAACAACGCUACGCCAGAUUACGCCGCAGGUCUUACAACACCUUCAUAUCUCCCUCCAACGCCACAACCAGCAAGUUCAACACCCACGCCCACGACUCCCACAACCCCAACCCCUACAACACCUAUUGCCACCGCAGUCGUCACACCCACACCUACACCAACGAUACAAUCUCCACCUCCAUCACAAACCAACCCACCGCCGCUCACGCCCGUCCUCAAACCCGCAGCGAAAACCCCGCCGACAGCUACGCCUGCCCCGGUCAUCAUCACACAGAAACCCGUCCAGCAGGUCACACAAAUCCGCAUACAACCACAACCCACCGCGAAUUCCCUUCAAAGACGUGGUUUAGCCCUCACCAGAGAGCAAAUGCUCGAGGCGCAGGAUAUGUUCCGCACGGCGAACAAAGUAACGCGUCCAGAAAAAGCCUUGAUUCUGGGAUUCAUGGCCGGGUCACGAGACAAUCCAUGCCCGCAUCUCGGGAAUAUCGUCACGAUCAAGCUGAGCGAAGAUCAAGAGAACGUGCAGCAGCCGGAUGAGACCUACCUGACGAUGCUGGUGGAGACGCACUUCCAGAUGAACUACAACAACGGCGAGUGGAAGCGCAUCAAGAAGUAUCGCCGGCUGGAUAAUGUUGUGGAUCCACUUCCGGCGAACACGCAAACAGCUGCGUUGGUUUGAUGAAUAAUCCCGCCUCACACUCGAACUCACCCUAUCAUACCCAUUCGUAAAUUAAUGGAGGCCCGACAAGCGAGGAACGAAAGAAUUAGCGAUAGAGAAGUCUAUCAAACGUUGUUAAUUAUAUAUAUAAUAUAUAAAUAUAUAUAUAUAUAUAUUAAUUAGUGAAAUGGAUAAGUUUAUAAAGAAUUGUACAAAAAAUAAGAGAUGUUAUUUGUGUACUUGCCUGUGAUGUAAGUUAAGAUCCCAUUCGUUUGCUAGGAAUUGAAUUAUGUGCUUCAAUUAACAUAGAGAAUAUAUUUACUUCUUUUGUUUUAAA